AACUGUUGAUGGAACAGACCAACAAGCGAACAAAAAAGAGUACUUGGACGCGGAUGCUUGAUUUGGUUUGGUAAUAGUUGAUUCAUCUUAGCCUAUAUUUCCACUAGCCUAUUGUUUGAUAAUAUAUAUGUGUGUGUAUUAUCAAGUUGUAGUGGAGUACAGGGGGAUAAUUUCAGGAGUUAGCAUGGCAAAUUUGAUGCUCCUUUGGGAGAGAGAAGGCUUCAUCUUUGUAAAGCCAGUUGAGGAUGGAAUCUGCUUCUGACACAACGUGGAUCCACUUGCACAUCCACAUCCAGUCUCUUCUCUACCUCGCCUUCAUCACUUCAUCCAUAUACCUUAUUCACGCCUUAAUUUCUGAGAAACUGAUUCUGAACCACCACAGUGUAACUGCGAAGAAACACCCACCUCUUCCUUUGCGCUUCCGGGCCGAAGACGGCACUUUCAAGAUCCUUCAGGUGGCUGACUUGCAUUAUGGAAAUGGGGUCUUGAGUCGAUGCAGAGAUGUUUCAGCAUCUGAGUUCGAUAAGUGUUCCGAUCUUAACUCGAUCCGGUUUAUGAGGAGGAUCAUCCAGGCUGAAAACCCCGAUUUCGUUGCCUUUACCGGAGACAACAUAUUUGGGACAAGUUCUCCAGAUGCUGCAGAAUCUCUGUUCGGAGCUUUUGGUCCAGCCAUGGAAUCUGGACUUCCUUGGGCGGCCAUUCUAGGGAACCAUGAUCAAGAAUCUACCAUGACUCGUGAAGAACUUAUGUCUUUCAUCUCCCUUAUGGACUAUUCGGUUGCACAAAUCAAUCCAUUGGCUGAAAACACAUCUGAUCCUGCCGAAAAAAUGCUGCUUUCUGGCAUUGAUGGGUUUGGAAAUUAUAAUCUUAGAAUAUGCGGUGCACCAGGGUCACAUUUAGCUAACCAUACUGUCCUUAAUCUGUACUUUCUUGACAGUGGAGAUAGAGCUAUUGUUGAAGGAGUUCGAACUUAUGGAUGGAUUAAAGAAUCCCAACUUCGUUGGCUUCGUAAUGUUUCUAAAAAUUUUCAGGGGCAAAAUCUUGAUAACAGUCGAUUGAUUGAUGCCUUUUCACACCCAGCAAUAGCCUUGGCAUUCUUCCACAUUCCAAUUCCAGAAGUCCGCCAAGUAAAAGAGAUUGUAGGCCACUAUCAGGAAUAUGUGGCAUGUUCAUCUGUUAACUCUGGAGUAUUACAAACCCUUGCCUCCAUGGGAGAUGUAAAGGCUGUGUUCAUAGGUCAUGAUCACAACAAUGACUUUUGUGGGAAUCUAGAUGGUAUAUGGUUUUGUUACGGUGGGGGCUUUGGAUAUCAUGGUUAUGGCAGGCCUGGGAAGCCAAGGAGAGCAAGAAUUAUAUUAGCAGAACUCGCUAAAGGGCAGAACUCGUGGGAAGGAGUGGAAAGGAUCAAGACAUGGAAGCGACUUGAUGAUGAGACACUGACCAAGAUUGAUGAACAAGUCUUGUGGGACCGGCGAUUGUCAAGAUAACCAAGAUUGCAGAAUGGAAGCGUGGCCAUGCUGUCCGUGAAAUGCAUGGGGGCUGGCUAAUCAUCCUAGAGCGUUGUUGCAGCAACCAUGGGUACUCCCAAAGUGCAUGAUGGUCGUGAUUGCAUAUAGCAUGUUGAUUAUAUUUAUGCGCGCGCGCAUCAACCGUGUUAGAUGGGUACGUGAAACCACUCUUGAUGAUAACAUUUGGCAUGUUAAAAAAUGCUAGGUAGGUAAAUUAUGUAAGAGCGAAGAAGAAAGAUUUAGUUCGUGGGUCUCCUUUCCGAGCUUGCUUUUUCUUUGAUGGAAAUUAAUGGUUUUUGGAGGCGCUGUUUCGGCCAAAUGCAGCAGUGUAUGUGAGGAUUUUGCGUCGUUAGCUAGCUAGCUAGCUAGCUAUAUCAUCAUGUAUGUACUCUCGUUUGAAAUUGGUUUUUGCAAAUCCCUCAAUAUAUAGCUAUAUAUAUAUAUAGUUUUCUUGUUUCGAGCA